UGUGGGUAGGAGGAGUCUCAGAGGGGGUUGGGCAAAGUGGGCACCUGUUUGGGAUCCGUCAGUCAGUAGGCUCUGCUUUGGGAAGGUCCGAUGAGUCCCUUGGCUUUUUGCUGGGUUUUCUGUCUUCUCACCUGAAGGCAGAAGCCCGGGAAGGUCCGCACGUGGGGGAGAAAAAUGAGCAGGAACUUGACCGCUAGUCAAGGCAGCGUCUCAGCCCCGCCCAAGCGUGAUGGACCUUGGAUAGUGAAAGUGGAGGGAGACUCAGCCGGAGGUCGGGAGUCCAACCCAACCGGGGACUGUCAGGAUCCCGAAAUUUCUCGAGGGCAUUUUAGGCGGUUCCGUUAUGAGGAAGUGGCCGGACCCGAAGAGGCGCUGAGCCGGCUCAGGGAACUUUGUCGUCGGUGGCUGAGGCCCGAAAUGCACUCGAAAGAGCAGAUCCUGGAGCUGCUGGUGCUGGAGCAGUUCCUGACCAUCCUGCCCCAGGAACUCCAGGCCUGGGUGCGGAAGCACUGCCCAAAGAGCGGGGAGGAGGCUGCCGCCGUGGUGCGCGCUCUUCAGAGAGCGCCUGGUGGGACCUCACCCCAGGGGUUGGAGACAGUCCAGGAGGUGGCCGCAUCUCUCACCUGGGAGGAGUGGGAGCGUCUGGACGCAGCACAGAGGACCGACUGCAGGAAGAGUGCGCCCAAGGGUUAUGGCCACACGGGCUCGCCAGGUUCAGAAACUGGACCCGAGAACAAAGAGUUGAUUCCAAAGCAAGAAAUUCUAGGAGCGGAGCCCCGUGGGUGGCUGCACGGGUCCCAGGAGAAGGCUCCCCUGUUUUCCGAGUGGGGUGACGCCCACAGGGACUGGGUAGAAAAGCCCUCAGGAAACCUCUCCUCCCUGAAACUUGAAGAUUCUUCCGAGGAGCAGGGAGUCUCCAGCAUCUGCGAUCUUAAGACAAGUCCCGGAGAAGAGGACCCCAAAAAUCACAAAUCAGGGACCAGUGCCAGAAGCUCACGCUUUGCUCUCUGUCAGCACGUCCAGAGGCCUGUGACUGGUGAUGACCACGGGAACAGGUGUAGACACACUUUAGAGACGGUGAAACCCCACAAAUCCCAGGACAGUGAGGGACGCUGCCAGCGGUCAGGCCUUGUCGAGAUGCAGAGGCGGCUCCAGGAAGAAAGGCCUUACGAAUGCGGUAACUGUCGGAAGAGUUUCAAACAGCGCUCCGACCUGUCCAAGCACCAGAGGACCCACACCGGGGAGAAGCCCUACGCGUGCCCGGCGUGCGGGAAGGCCUUCAGCCAGAGCGCCACCCUCGUCAAACACCAGAGGACUCACACCGGCGAGAAGCCGUACGCCUGUGCCAAGUGCGGGGACCGCUUCAGGCAGAGCUCCAACCUCAUCCGGCAUCAGAGGAUCCACCAGGGAGAGACACACUUCACGUGCGACGAAUGUGGGGAAACCUGCCGUGUCUCCCACCGGGCGAGACAUGAGCGGACACACAAGGGGGAGAGGCCCUUCGUGUGCGACGCGUGUGCCAAGAGCUUCAAACGCUGCUCCGACCUGUCCAAGCACCAGAGGACCCACACCGGGGAGAAGCCCUACGGGUGCCCGGCGUGCGGGAAGGCCUUCAGCCAGAGCGCCACCCUCGUCAAACACCAGAGGACACACACCGGCGAGAAGCCGUACGCCUGUGCCAAGUGCGGGGACCGCUUCAGGCAGAGCUCACACCUCAGCCGGCACCAGAGGACCCACCAGGGAGAGAGCAACUACACGUGUGACCAAUGUGGGGAAACCUGCCGUGUCGCCAGUCGGCUUAGACACCAGAGGACACACAAGGGCGAGAGGCCCUACGUGUGUGACGCAUGUGCCAAGAGCUUCAAACGCUGCUCCGACCUGUCCAAGCACCAGAGGACCCACACUGGGGAGAAGCCCUACGGGUGUUUCGUCUGUGGGAGGCGCUUCAGCCAGAGCGCCACCCUCGUCAAACACCAGAGGACUCACACUGGAGAGAAACCUUACAGAUGCCUUGAGUGUGGGGACAGCUUUAGGCAGAGCUCACACCUUCUCCGACACCAAAGGACCCACAGAAAUAAAGUCCCAUCAUUCUGACAUGCUUCUGCCUGAGCGGUUUUGUUUCUCUCCCUUCCUCUCUUUCCAGGAACCGCAUCCUUUGGCUUUUGCGCCAUUUCCACCAUCAUGGAUCGUGUCACCUUGGGCCUCGCGUCCAGGACAGACGGAGUCCAGCUGGCGUCUCAGGAUGGGCUUUGAUCACGCAUUGCCCCGAAGGAGGACUGCGUGAGGUGGGAUCCCUGCCUGAAGAGACUUCUGGAAGAGUGAGGGCUGACGUGUGACAGUUCUGUCCUUGUCUCCACUCCUCUGGAACUUCUGCUUUGGGGCCCCCUCUUGCCCACUCCAGUUACUUCCCCGAGCAUGUAUCCACUUGCGUAGAUGGUAAAUAUUUCAUAAUCCAAAGUUAAGUACCUAGAAGAGACAUUCUAUAUUCUUGACCUUUUAAACAAUUAAAUUUGCAGGGUCCCUCUUUC